UCUUCUUAUUUCCAUUUCUCUCUAAUAAUAAGAUGGUUUUGGCCGCCGGCGUGGGGAAGAGAUUCGCCGUCCUUUUGUGCGCCGAUGAUUCGGAAUACGUAAAGAAAAUGCACGGCGGAUACUUUGGAGUUUUCGUUAAAAUGUUGGCCGAAGAAGGCGAGAAAUGGGACGUGUACAGAGUCGCCGCCGGCGAAUUUCCCGACGAAGGCGAGAUCUGUAAUUACGACGGUUUCGUCAUCACCGGAAGUUGUAGCGACGCUCAUAGCAAUGAAGAUUGGAUCUGUAACCUCUUAAAACUCCUUCACAAAUUGGAUUCAUUAAAGAAACGUGUCCUAGGAAUCUGUUUUGGACAUCAGAUACUAGGUCGGGCAAUUGGAGGGAAAGUUGGGCGAGCAACUUCGGGUUGGGACAUAGGAGUUAGAUCUGUUCAUCUAUCGUCCGAUUCCUCUAAAUUGUUCUCAAUAUCAAGAACUACGACUCUCUCCAUCAUCGAAUUUCACCAAGACGAGGUAUUGGAACUUCCCGAGAAGGCACAAGUGAUAGCAUGGUCGAACAAGACUGGAAUCGAGAUGUUUAAAUAUGAAGAUCACAUAAUGGGAAUUCAAGGCCAUCCUGAGUAUACAAAAGAUAUCCUCUCCCAUCUCAUUGAUCGCCUUCAGAGUCGGAAUCUCAUUAAGGAGUCUGUUGCGGAAAAGGCUAGGAGGGCUCACGACGAGGCAUCGGAACCUGAUAGGGAGGCGUGGAAGAAGCUAUGUAUUGACUUCCUCAAGGGUUGUGAAAGAAAGAAAAGAGAGAUAGAUGAUUUGUAAGAAAAGAAUGUUAUGAUUUUCUUAGGGUUGUUGAAUUGGGGAGUUGGUUCAAGGCAUUAUAACUUAUAAUUCUAGAAUGGAUGCUUAUUUAUGGUAACCUAAAAAAUGAAAGGACUUUUAUGAU